AUGGCGACACGCUAUUGGAUAGUAUCCCUCCCAGUUCAAUCCAGCAACUCAGCUUCUUCGUCAUGGAGUCGUCUUCAAGAAUCUAUCUCCCGCCACUCCUUUGAUACCCCUCUCUACAGAUUUAACAUUCCAAAUCUUCGUGUUGGGACUCUGGAUUCGCUCUUAGCACUCAGUGAUGAUCUUUUGAAGUCAAACAGCUUUAUUGAAGGGGUAUCUCACAAGAUACGUCGUCAGAUUGAGGAACUCGAGAGGGUUUCUGGCGUCCUUAGUAGCUCUCUCACUGUUGAUGGGGUUCCUGUUGAUUCCUAUCUUACUAGAUUUGUGUGGGAUGAGGCUAAGUACCCAACAAUGUCACCAUUGAGGGAAAUUGUGGAUGGCGUUCAUACCCAAGUAUCCAAGAUUGAGGAUGACCUCAAGGUUCGUGUUGCUGAGUACAACAACGUGCGCAGUCAACUUAAUGCCAUCAACAGAAAGCAGGCUGGAAGUUUAGCAGUUCGUGAUCUGUCCAAUUUGGUGAAGCCACAGGACAUUGUGACAUCUGAACACUUGACAACUCUUCUUGCAGUUGUCCCUAAAUAUUCUCAAAAAGAUUGGCUUGCAAGUUAUGAAACACUCACUUCAUACGUUGUCCCUAGAUCCUCGAAGAAACUAUAUGAAGACAAUGAAUAUGCUCUUUAUUCUGUCGUGCUCUUUAGUCGCGAUGCUGAUAAUUUCAGAACAAAAGCGCGUGAAAGAGGUUUUCAAAUCCGCGACUUCGAAUAUAAUUCAGAAACUCAAGACAGCAGGAAACAGGAGUUGGAAAAAUUGUUGCAAGACCAGGAAAGAUUCAGAAGCUCUUUGUUACAGUGGUGUUAUACUAGUUAUGGAGAGGUUUUCAGCUCUUGGAUGCAUUUCUGUGCAAUACGUGUAUUUGCUGAAAGCAUUUUGAGAUAUGGUCUUCCGCCAUCUUUUUUGUCUGUUGUCUUGUCGCCCUCAGUGAAAAGCGAAAAGAAAGUACGCUCUAUAUUAGAGGGCUUGUGUGAGAGUUCGAACAGCACAUACUGGAAAACUGAAGACGAAGGAGGGGUGGCAGGUAUUGGGGCAGAUGCCGAUGCACAUCCUUAUGUCUCCUUUACCAUCAAUCUCAUUUGA